AUGGAGGCUGAGGAGCCACCUGAGGCCAGGAGAUGCUGCCGGGAGGCCCUGGGGAAGGCCCCGGCAUGCUGCCCAGAAGCCCUGGGUAAGCUUCUGCCGGGCCUCUGCUUCCUCUGCUGCCUGGUGACCUACGCGCUCGCGGGCGCCGCUCUCUUCUCUGCCGUCGAGGGCCGCCCUGACCCAGAGGCGGAGGAGAAUCCCGAGUUGAAGAAGUUCCUGGACAAGCUGUGCAGCAUCCUGAAAUGCAACAGGACAGUGGUGGAAGGCAAGAGGAAGGACCUGUGUGAGCACCUGCAGCGGGUGAAACCCCAGUGGUUCCGGGCGCCCGAGGACUGGUCCUUCCUGAGUGCUCUCUUCUUCUGCUGCACGGUGUUCAGCACAGUGGGUUAUGGCCACAUGUACCCUGUCACCAGGCUUGGCAAGUACCUGUGUAUGCUCUAUGCUCUCUUUGGAAUCCCGCUGAUGUUCCUGGUCCUCACAGACAUAGGGGACAUCGUGGCCACCCUCUUAUCCAGGGCUUACAGUCGGUUCCAGGCCCUCCUUUGCCUGCCCCACGCCCUCUCCAAGCGGUGCUCCUCCCGCCUGCCGUGCCGGAAGCCGGCAGACAGCAAACCAGUGGAAGAAGCCAUCCCUCAGAUUGUCAUUGAUGCUGGUCCAGACCAGCUCCUAGAUGCCCAGCCCAGCAGGGAGCCUGUGUCUCCAAGCUGCAGUGUGGAGCUGUUUGAGAGAUUAGUUGCAGAGAAGCAGAGCAAGCUACAGCCGCCCGUGAUGAGGCCGGUGGAGAGGAGCAGCUCGUGUCCUGAGCUGGUGCUGGGGCGACUGUCCUGUUCCAUCCUCAGCAAUCUGGAUGAGGUGGGCCAGCAGGUGGAGAGGCUGGACAUCCCUCUCCCCGUCAUUGCCCUGGUCAUCUUGGCCUACAUCUCCUGUGCAGCUGCCAUUCUCCCCUUCUGGGAGACGGAGCUGGGCUUCGAGGACGCUUUCUAUUUCUGCUUUGUCACGCUGACCACCAUUGGGUUUGGGGACAUCACGCUGGUUCACCCCCACUUCUUCCUCUUCUUCUCCAUUUAUAUCAUUGUGGGCAUGGAGAUGGUGUUCAUCGCCUUCAAGUUGAUGCAGAACAGGCUCCUGCGCACCUACAAAGCCGUCAUGCUGUUUCUAUGCCAGAGGGAAGUCUUGCUGCCUUGCCAAAAGGUGGAAGCUCUGGCAUCUCUGUGA